CAACUCAAACACCAAAACAACCAUGAAGACCUCUCUGGUUUCCAUUCUCUCCCUCUCUCUCCUCAUCUUUCUCUCUCUAUCAUCCCCUUCUCUCUCCGACAGGUGCAACCCACAAGACAAAAAAGUUCUUCUUGAAAUCAAAGCAGCCUUCAACAACCCCUACCACUUGGCCUCAUGGAACCCAAAAACUGAUUGCUGUGAUUGGUAUUCUUUGGAGUGUGACCUCAACACUAGCCGAGUCAUUGCUCUCACCAUCUUCUCCGGCAACAUCUCCGGCCAAAUUCCGGCUGCCGUCGGUGACCUCCCUUUUCUCAAGAACCUAGAGUUCCAUAAACUUACCAACCUCACCGGGACCAUCCCUUCCGCCAUUGCUAAACUGAAAAACCUUCAAGAACUUACACUCAGCUGGACCAAUCUCUCUGGGCCAGUCCCUACAUUCCUUACCCAACUCACAAACCUGAACUUUAUCGACUUAUCGUUCAACGAUCUCACCGGUUCAAUCCCUCCCUCUCUUUCCCAACUCACCAAACUCAACGCCAUUCACUUAGACCGGAACAAACUCACCGGCGAAAUCCCAGAAUCGUUCGGAAAAUUCACCGGAAACGUCCCAGACCUCUACCUCUCUCACAACCAACUCACCGGCGCAGUUCCAAAAUCUUUGGGUAAUCUGAACUUCACAGUGCUUGAUUUCUCACGUAACAAGCUUGUGGGUGACAUAUCAUUCUUGUUCGGCACCAACAAGACGAUACAAAUCGUGAACUUCUCUAGGAACAAGUUUGAGUUUGAUCUUUCGAAAGUGAAGUUUCCGGCGAGCUUGACGUCGUUGGAUUUGAACCAUAACAAUAUCACUGGGACUCUACCGGAGGGAUUGACUGCGCUGAAUUUUCAGUACUUGAACGUGAGUUAUAACCGGCUGUGUGGUCAGAUUCCGGUGGGUGGGAAGCUUCAGAGCUUCGAUAUGUAUUCGUAUUUUCAUAACCGGUGCUUGUGCGGCUCUCCGUUGCCGGCGUGCAAGUGAUCAUGUGAUCGGAAAAAAGGUGUUAAUGGGCAUUCGGAGCCACUGGAAAGCUAUAGGGAUGUGCUUGUACUGCACCAUAUUUAUCUGUAUGUUUUUACUUAACCACAAAAACAAAAAAUGUAUUUGAAUGUUUUUUGC